CGCCAUGUCCACCUAAACGCUACUUUCACAAGCGACUUCCAAACCUCUUCUCAACCAACACCCUAGGAGGAUCGAAUCUUUCAUUCUUGGAUUUCGAGCCACUGCUAUGUUCAGGUUUUCUAUCUUCUUUCUCGCAUACUCUGCUUUAAGAUAUUCCUGGGCUUCCCCCGUCGGACUUGUUGCCGUUCCAACGCACCUCGAUCCCAUAAAGGAUGCUCCAUAUCCUGAAGUAUACGUCCAAUUCACACUAGACCACAAUAAUCAACUACGCCACCGCAAAUUGUUAGACGUUCCAGUGCCACCCAAGCAGAUGGUGAUGAAAAAAGUUCCCGACAAGAUAGACAGUAGCGGCAAUAAGGUUAGGAAAGCAAGCCCAGAGGAAAAAAUGAUCAUUGAAGAUUUUUUGAAGAAACAUGCAAGGGGUGGAUACCGCUAUAAGCUAAACGACGAACAUAAUGAGUUUUACGAUAUGCUCAAACCCCAAAAUACUCUGAGAUACAUGUAUGGAAGGGUUGACAUAUUUGACGAGAACGAUUACUUGAUAUACUCGACGCCAUUCGUCAAUCUUACUGAAUUUCCCUGUUGCUGCACAUGUGAUACUCCCUACGAGUGUGUAUGCCAACUGGCCAUGUGCUUUGGAUGUCCGGUCGGUUCGCUCGUCGGGUUGGGUUGUUGUCUGGCCAUUGUCGAUACCUGCGGUCAGUUGAUUUACAAGGCUGGUGUGAAUGGCGUCAAAUGGAUGCAAGAUAAUCUCCCCAGAGCCGGAGAAUCGAUAAAACAGGCAGGUCUCACUGCCAACCAAUCAAUCAGAGUCUUCGGUACCGCUGCCCAUGGAAAAAUCGAAGCGGUUCGUUCCACUGCCGCGGAAAGAAUAAGGGAGACCGCGUCUAAUGCCAUGGAGGGGAUGCGGACGGCUACUUCUCGUCACAGUAGAAUACCCGGAAGAUAUAUGCAACUGUCGAGAUCAUCGGAAACGUCGAUGCCAACUGAGGAGCAUGAGCUUUCCAAUCCUAGUAGUAGUAAUGCACACACCGUCCAGGUGUCAGAUGAUUUGGGAUCUGAUCCAAUCUCACACUCCUCAGAAAGCCCAAGUCCGAGCAUAUCAACACCAAUUUAGGUUUUCAGAUGAUUUAGCACCUAUUUGAGUUGUUGUGUCCAGAGGGGGCUCAGCAAGUUCUCAAUUUUAUGAUAAAACGAAGCAAAUUUUAAGUAGGGUCAGAAGCAAAAAAUUCAAAUGUGAACCCCGCUAAUAGAU